UGAAUGCGAUAGCGGCUUUGCAGAGGCAGAUAUCUGUCACUUCCUCCAAGUAAUCGUUAAAUGCAGUAACUAGAGUUAAUUUUUAGAAAGUAAGGAAGUUUUUCGAAUAUACAUUCAAAAUGUCGUCUCUGGAUCAGCUGAAAAAAAUGACAGUGGUUGUAGCCGAUACUGGCGAUUUUGAAGCUAUGAAGGAAUAUAAGCCAACAGAUGCAACAACAAACCCUUCACUGAUACUAGCUGCAUCAAAGCUGAACCAGUACCAGCACUUAAUUGAAAAAGCAGUAAAUUAUGGCAAGACUCAUGGAAGUACUGAAGAUGAACAAUUAAGCUCUGCUAUGGACAAAUUAUUUGUUUUGUUUGGUUGUGAGAUACUGAAAAUUAUUCCUGGCCGUGUUUCGACAGAAGUAGAUGCCAGGUUAUCAUUCAACAAAGAAGCAUCUGUGGAGAAAGCUCGAAAAAUUAUCAAAUUAUAUGAGGAAGAAGGCAUUCUCAAAGAUCGAAUCUUAAUCAAGUUAGCUUCUACAUGGGAAGGAAUUCAAGCUGCAAAGGAAUUAGAAGAAAAGUAUCAAAUACAUUGCAAUAUGACACUUCUAUUUAAUUUUGCACAAGCCGUUGCAUGUGCCGAAGCUGGUGUUACAUUGAUUUCACCUUUCGUAGGUAGAAUAUUAGAUUGGUACGUUGCAAAUACGGAUCAAAAAUCUUAUGAACCAAAAGAUGAUCCUGGUGUCAAAAGUGUUACCAAAAUAUAUAAUUAUUACAAAAAACAUGGAUAUAAAACUGUUGUUAUGGGAGCUUCUUUCCGAAAUGUUGGAGAGAUUCGGGCAUUGGCUGGCUGUGAUCUCUUAACAAUUAGUCCGAAAUUACUUCAAGAGUUAGCAGAGUCUCAAGAUGAAGUAUUCAAAUUUCUAAAUCCUGAUACUGCUAAAAAUAUGAACAUCGAAAAAGUAUCUUUUGAUGAACCUAAAUUUAGAUGGGAAUUGAAUGAUGAUCCAAUGGCUUGUGAUAAAUUGGCAGAUGGUAUUAGAAAAUUUGCUGCUGAUGCCAUCAAGCUUGAAAACAUGCUGAAAAUAAGAAUAUAAAUUUUUUGUGCAGAACCUUUUUUAAUUUUAAUACACCUAUAUUUUGAUAUUUUGUGAUAUUUAAAAUUUGAUAUUUUUGUAUUUGAUAGAUGUUUUUGCAUAUUUUUAGACUCUGAUAUGGAUCUUGCUUGUACUAAAUAUUUUGCGCAAAGAUAAAGAUUAAAAAAAUAAAAAAUAAAAAUGCCCUUUUCAUAAUGUUCCUUCUUGAAUCAAUUAGUUUUCUCAGAAGUCAUAAAGACGUUAAUGUAAAUUUAAUUUCACAAGUUUUAAUUCGUUUUAUAAAUGUGAAGACAUAGCAGUUGAUGCAAAAGGAACUAUUAAAGUAAAUUUUAUUCAGGUAUAAAUAUUUAAAUUGAUGACGAUGCAUAAAUAAAUAUUUUAUUUUUAAAUGCCAAUGCAAGUAAUUUUUAAUGAUGAUUAAAAAAAGAAAGAUGCAAAAACUUUUUGUAAAACUAUCAAAUUAUUUGUUUAUUUCAGUUUUAUAUUUUUAUUGUUAAGUUAAAACUGAAGAGCAUACCUUUUUUUGAAAACAAUUCUUAGAAUCUCAUUUAUUUAGUCACACAUUCUAAUGUAAAAAAGUAUGUUCGUAAAAUAAAUUGAAUGAAUAAAAAUAAUUGAAAGGUCUUAAAACUUGUAUUUUUUUAUAUUUUAGUUUUGAUUUUACUGAGUAAAAGUUCCUUGUAUGUUACAUUUUAAAACUCUGCCUGCAUACUGUAUAUUUUGUUACUGGUUGCUUUGAAACAAAAUUUCAUUAUGGCCAAUAUAGAAAAUUGAAUUGUAUGUUUCUUUGAGAAAUAAAGCAAUAAAU